CCCGGCGCCUGUUACCCCAAACGGCCAAUGUUAACCCAGGGGCUACAGCCCGAGAGCAGAUUUUAAAGGAACAAGAAAGACGAAACACUUUGACAGUGUCGGAAGGAGAUACCAACCAAUGCAACCAUUCUCAUCUUGAAGACUCUCACCUUCAUGACCGAAACUGUUCUUGUUGCAAGAAAUGUUGCCGCUGUUGUUUCACUCCUUGGAUGAGGAUUCAGUCAUAUGCCCAUUAUAUCAUUUCCGAUUCAUUUACAGAUGUCUUCAUCAUUUUCACUAUUGUCUUGAAUACCUUGUUCUUGGCGAUGGAGCAUCAUGGAAUGUCAAUGGGAUUGAAGCAUGUCCUCAAAUUUGCAAAUUAUGUAUUCACAUCAGUUUUCGUGUUAGAGGCUCUUCUGAAGAUUGUUGCAUUUAACAAACAGUAUUUCAAAAGUGGUUGGAAUGUAUUUGAUUUGGUUGUUGUUGUUGCGAGCUUAAUUGAUUUAGGAGUGGAGGGGCUUAAAGGUGUAUCUGUAUUCCGGUCUUUUCGACUGCUACGCGUUUUCCGUUUAGCCCAGUCAUGGACAACAAUGAGGUUGCUGCUGUGUAUAAUUCUUAAUACACUCGGCUCGUUGGGAUAUUUGACCAUAAUACUUAUUAUUAUCAUCUAUAUCUUUGCGGUUACGGGAUUACAAUUAUUUCAUACUGACUACACACCUGACAAAUUCAAAGGAGAACCUGUUCCCAGAUGGAACUUUAAUGAUUUCCUCCAUUCGUUUAUGAUGGUCUUUCGAAUUUUAUGUGGAGAAUGGAUCGAACCCAUGUAUGAUUGUAUGCGUGCUUGUAAUGGUCUUUGUUUCCUUAUCUUCAUACCAGUUACCGUGUUUGGCAAAACACUUUUCUUUCUGUUCAUCGGUUUGGUCCUGGGCGCCUUUGGUUCUGAUAGUGUUGAACAAGAAGUUGAACCAUCCAGUUUCGCAUUAGCCUGGGAAAGGAUAAGAGCUCUUUUAGACAAAAGGAAAGGAAACAUCUGUCCAACUGAUGACAAUCUUAGGGAUGAUGGUCAAGACGAAGCAGCGGACCUAGAUGUAUUGCAGCGCAAUGUCAACCAUGCAAGCUCAAUUCGAGAGGGCCAGUAUGGUGAUGUAUCAUUGUCUACAACAAAGGGCAAAAAUGGGAAACAGGCAAACAGCAAAUGUUUCAAACAGUCCAAAACUGGCAAACUGUAUUAUUCUCUACCAGAUGUCGUGGCUAUUACAAAGAAACAUCAAUCAGAUAUUGGAACCUCCCCGUCUAUGCCCAACAUAAGAAACCUUGGAAAAGAUAGAUCCAGUUCUCUCCGAAGAAAGAGUUCCCAAGCCAGUACACAGUCACAUGAAAAAAGAUUAACAGGCUCAUCAAAAAGUCUCGCAACUUUCUCGAUCAAGCGUCAAGUUGAUGGGACUCUACAGCUGGAAAAUGUCAGUAACAAGAUUUCAGAACAAUGUAAGGGUGAAAAGUCAUUUUAUUCAGUCCCAAAUGUUGAAAAACUCGCAAGCGAGGUACAACAAGUGGGUGGGAAAGUAACGACUUCACUCGUUGACAUUAGAAACAGUAAAUUCUCGCUGUUGACUGAUUUUCCCCGGUUUGAUUCCAAUCUAAAUACAGAUAAAACUGAUCAAACACAAAGCAGUAAAUGUGUGACCUUUUCUAAGUUUUCGACUGAGCAGGACAUCAAAAGUUCGUGGGCAUCUCUUUCAUCGGGGACAAAAGUACUCCCUAAAGCAACCUCUGUGGAACUGAAGCAUGGUGUGCUGCCCAACUCACAAGUCUACGUUCAGUGUACAAAAGAUAAAAAAUCCGUGCCAGAGAAGUGUGAAAAACUCUCCAAUUCACUUCUUGACCAGAUUACCGAUUACUGGAAACCACCUGCUAUAUUCAAACAGUUGUUCAACCCACCUAUCUUUAUAGAAAGUUCCACAGAUCCUAUACCCUUACAAGAAAACUGCAGGAUUCCAAACCUACCUGAGAUUGUUGAAAGUCUAAAGAAACCUCAACGCAAAAAAUCUAAGAAAUUAGGAAGCUCCUAUGCCAUUGUAGACCAAGCAUUGAAGGACAUGAAGUACAGGAAUUUGUUGAACACUUAUACUGAUGAAGAUCUUGCAGUCCUUCCUUCCCUUUCGAAUCAGUCCGUACAAGGAGAAAGAACCUUACUUUCGUCUGUUGAUGAUGUUAAUCUCAGCAACAUGGAAAAUAUUUAUGAAGAAACAACUAUAACAAACACAUAUGGCACGCCCGUUGACCUUCUAGCAACCCAGCAAGAAAAAUUCACAUUUCAACAGCCCUUUGGAAAGCCAUCACAGCUGAUAGUCGUUGAAUGUCCCAAAAAUGAUUCUGUUUCUAAUGUUGAUUCCGGUCUCAUUGUAGAUCCAUCUAGGUUCAACCAAGAAAAAUCAAAAUCUACCGAUUUUCAUAUCAAAUUUGAUAGAGCUGAGAAAACACCCUCAGUAUUUCGAUCCCUUCCAACAUCUUCUUUAAACAAUAAUUACAAUGUACAUGUAGACAACAGCCCAGAUCCAGACCAACAACGGCGAAUUUCUUUACCCCACUGCAACAUCCGAGAUGUGUCUGGGACAAAUGUGGAUACUGACAGCAAAAUUUUGCAGCAGCAACAAUUAUUACAGCAACAUCUCCAAAGAUAUUUGGAGCCAUCAAGCUCAGGCAGUAUUGUUGAAGUAGCAAGUGAUGAAGAUCUCAAAUCUAAUGACAAAUCACCUAAUUUCCCUUAUAUUGAUGUUGAAGCUACUGUUAGACAAUCUUAUGAAAAUCAGAAUCAACCCCAUCAACAGCCAAGGUUUUCGACAAGGUCUACAUAUUAUGAGAGCUAUGAAGAAGUGAAAUACCUCACGUCACGGAAACUAUCGUGCUUACCCCCCGUUUCAGAAGUUGAAAGUGAUGAAAUAUCUACAGUGUCCGAAAUAAGCAAUUCUUCUACACAACAAACUACAUCUGCCAUCGAUAUGGUAAAACCCACUUUGAAAAUCUUUACCUCUGCUGAACCUCUGCCUACUACAAAAACGUCCAGAGAAGGAUUGACAAAAAACAUGUCCAGAAAGAAAAUACAUCAAUCAACCAGAAGUAUGUCAACUUUUUUGGCCGAAACAGCACCCAAUAAAUGCCCUCCAGCCUAUUAUGUCCGUAGUACUGGCAAUCUGCAAAACAAGGCCACCUUUGCAGACGUUGUACUUGCUAGUACGAAAAUGCUUCGUCAUCAGAAACCAGGAUUAUCGUCAAGCUGUAUUGAUAUGGGGAUGGUUGUUAGUAAUCGAAUAUAUGAUCAGCAGAGAGAGUUUGGUGCACCUAAAACAGCCAUUUCUUUAUCAGAUAUGAAAUAUAUUGGAAGCAGGACAAGUCAAUCAAGCCCAAGUAAUAGAUCAAAUUCAAUGGCUGAUGUGGGUUCGGUGUGCAACAAGUUAUCAAAAAGCGAAGGCAGAAGAUAUUCAUAUUCGAUGUCAGAUGUAAAGAAUCUGAAGAAUUCAAUGUCUGGAGGCAACAAGGGGUCAACCAAGUCGCUAAGUAGGAUUGGCUCUGCCAUCAUGAAAGAAGUUCAGCAGAACUCAGAAGAAACCAAGAUAGACUUGCGGAAUAAUUUAAAAAAGUCUAAACUGGAUGAUGUUAUAAUGGAGAACAACUGUAACAAUGAAAGUCUUGGUAGCUUAGGUUCCCUGGGUAGCAUCCCUGACAUUAUGGACAACUCAAGUGUAGAAGAAGACGUAUCAUCAUGUCAACAGAAAGAUAUAACACCUUGCUUACCACUUUUUAUCUCAUCCAGGUUCAAGUGUCUUCGAGAAUUCGAUGACACGUCCCAUGGAAAAAAGUGGAAUAAUUUUCGUCGUCGUUUAAUGAUGGUUUGUGAAAACAAAUAUUUCGAAACUGGUGUGCUAAUAAUGAUUUUUGCAAGUAGUAUUUUAUUGGCAUUUGAAGAUAUUUAUUUACAUGAAAAGCCUUACUUAAAACUUGCACUUUUUUACUUGGAUAUUACAUUUUGUUUGCUGUUCUUCCUUGAAAUGGUUCUAAAGCUUUUAGCGCUUGGGUUCGUCCAUUACUAUACGCACUUCUGGACCAUACUUGAUUUUACCAUUGUUUGCAUAACAAUUAUAAGUCUCGCAGCAUCAGGUUUAGGUAUGGAACAAAUCACUGCUUUUCGAUCCCUCCGAACACUUCGUGCACUGAGGCCUCUUCGUGCGGUCUCUCGGUGGCAAGGAAUGAAGAUCAUUGUUAACGCUUUGAUGCUGUCAAUUCCUUCUAUUUUCAACGUCCUGUUGGUGUGCGUUGUGUUCUGGCUGAUAUUUGCUAUCAUGGGAGUGCAGUUAUUUGCGGGAAAGUUCUACAAGUGUGUCAACGAGACAAAUAUGAGGAUCUCCCCAACGGAGGUGGCCAGCAAACAAGAAUGUCUUUAUAAAAACUAUACUUGGGUAAAUUCAAAAGUAAACUUUGACAAUGUAGGAGGAGCUUUCCUUGCUUUAUUUCAAGUGGCUACAUUUGAAGGAUGGAUGGAAAUCAUGGCAGAUGCGGUAGAUGUUACCGAAGUGGAUCAGCAACCUAAAUUUGAAGCCAGUGUGUAUUAUUAUUUUUAUUUUGUAUUGUUCAUCAUUUUUGGCUCCUUUUUUGUGUUGAAUCUUGUCAUCGGCGUUAUUAUUGAUAAAUUUAGCUUCCUUAAGAAAAAGUACGAUGGAACAUAUUUAGACAUGUUUCUUACACCAACUCAGCAAAACUACUAUAAUACAUUAAAAAAGUUGGGUACCAAAAAACCUCAAAAGACUGUCAGAAAACCAAAGAACAAAUGCCAGGCUGUUGUCUAUGACCUUGUAAUGAGUAACCAGUUUGAGAUCUUUAUCACUACUAUUAUCAUUACAAAUAUGAUAUUUAUGGCAUUUGAGCAUUAUAAUCAAUCAGAUGUAGUAACUGAAGUUUUGGCCACAGCUAAUAUUGCUUUUACCAUUUUAUAUGCGUUUGAAGCAAUCAUCAAAAUUGUAGCAUUAAGGAUACAUUAUCUUCGUAAUCUGUGGAAUGUAUUUGACUUUCUAGUCGUAAGUUUAUCUGUUGUUGAUGCUUUCUUAAAUGAUGUCUUUGGUGCUGGCAUGUUCAUGAACCCUUCACUACUUAGAGUUGCUAGAAUGUUUCGUAUUGGUCGUAUUAUUCGUCUUAUUAAAUGGGCUAAAGGAAUGCGAAAGCUUUUAUUUGCGCUUGUGAUAUCGUUGCCGGCAUUAUUCAACAUAGGAGCUCUGCUUUUUCUCGUUAUGUUUAUCUAUACAAUUAUUGGAAUGUCUUCCUUUGGACAAAUUAAACUAUCAGGUGCACUGAAUGACCAAGUCAAUUUUCAGACAUUUGGAAAGACAUUUCUACUUUUAGUUCGCUUAGCAACCUCAGCAGGCUGGAAUGAUAUCUUGGGGCCGUUACUUAUUCAGCCACCAAACUGUGAUCCAAAUUACACCACAACAAGCACAGGGGAAAAAAUCAAGUUAGUCAAUGGAGACUGUGGAAUGCCCUGGCUUGCCAUUUCAUACAUGGUGUCCUAUAUCAUUAUCGUAUUCAUGAUUGUGUUUAAUAUGUAUAUUGCUGUUAUCUUGGAAAACUUUAACCAGGCACAUGCCCAAGAGGAAGUAGGAAUUACAGAAGAUGAUUUAGAUAUGUUUUAUGGCGUCUGGGAACAAUAUGAUCCCUUAGCUACACAAUUUAUAAAACAUGAUCAGCUGUCCGAUUUCAUUCAAGAUCUCGAUCCCCCAUUGAAAGUGAAAAAACCCAAUAACGUUGCUAUUGCGACAUUUGACCUACCAAUAGUUAAAGGAGGCCAUAUACACUGCCUCGAUAUUCUGUUGGCCUUAGUCAAAUUUGCUCUCGGUGGUAACUUGGAAGAAACUGAAGCUUUCAAAAGGGUACGUACACAAAUGGAGGCUAAAUUCGAUAAAAUUUUCCCCACCAGAGAGAAGUCUGAAAUUCGAACUAGUACUCUCCAAAUGAGAAGAGAAGAAAUGGCAGCAAGAAUCUUACAAAGAGCAUGGCGGCGCCGGAAAAUCAUGCAAAGUUUCCCCUCUCCAGAAAUGAUUAGGUAUUAUAUUAUUUCAGCUCCAGAAACAGCGGUAUGAAGGAAAUGUAUCAGGGGUGGGAAAGCUAAAAAAAAAAAACCCUAUUAAGCAGACAUUUCUCACUGACUGUGUUUACCUACUCCCUCUACCAUGUAAAUUUACAUGGCAGUACAGCUAAAUGAUGGUGUUUCAUGGCAGAGACACGUCUCUCCUCAAUGUUGACAUCAAUAGCUGAAGCUGAGGAAAUACAAAUCUGGCUCCCGUUUGUAUUCCAUGUUAACACCCUUCCACCAUGUUAGGAAGCAAUCGGGAAAGAAGGAAGGCAAAGCAAAAAAUCUUAUGAUGGAUCUUAUUAUUGUUAUUAUUGUUGGCCUCGUGCCUAUAUAACAAAUGACUACUACUGUUAAUUAUUGUUAUUGUUAUUAUUACUAUUAUUAUUACAAUUAUUAUUAUUAUUACAAUUAUUAUUAUUAUUAUUAUUAUUAUUUCUUCCUUCCACUUAUUUCUUCCUAUCUAUGAAUACUACCUGGAACCAUACAAGGAAGAUUUAACUAAGAAGUAAUAAUGGACAUUAUCCCAAUUAAUUCAGAUUUUAAAACUUAUAGAAAAAUACAUCAUUAUUAUUAUUAUUAUUACUCUUACCAUUAUUAUUAUUAUUAUUAUUAUUAUUCUUACCAUUAUUAUUAUUAUUAUUAUUAUUAUUAUCAAAUAUUAAUUGUUCUACUAAUUUUAAUGAUAUUCAUUCAACAUUGUUAAAAGGGAAAAAAUUGUAAGAUUUUUCAAAUUAUUUUCUUUAUCAUUUAAUCUUUCUAAACUUACAAAUUCUUCAACUUUUUCUCUGCUUGUCAUUUCUGUAUGACAGAGACAAGUGACUUUAAAAUGCUACAAAACUACUGCCUUCCAUAAGUUUUUUUUUCUCAUUACUAUCAAUCUUUCACUUUUCCAUUUGCUACUAGCAUGAUAAAAUUGCAACUGUCUCCAUGCAAGAUUUGAAAUAAUAGUAACUUAAGGAAACUAUUAUCUAAUCUUAACUCAAUUUCAACAUUUCAAAACCACUGGGAAAUAACAAGACUCUUUCUUCACACAUUACAUGUUACCAGGCUGAUUUUGUAAUAUUGAACUUUGUUUUCAGGUAAGAGGCACCGUCAGGGAGAAAAAAAAAAACUAUAAAACAAUGGUGAAAAGCAGGAGAGACUGAAACAGGAUCUCUUGUCUGUCUUUUCUAUCUCUCUCUGCCACACAAAAACCCACACAACAUGACAAUGUUUUGGAUAUUAUGCUAGAGUUUAUUCUAAAUGUUAUCAGAAUGUCUCAAAAUUCUAUUUUAUUCAAGGCCAGCAUGACUAUUUUCUUUCUAAUGUUGAUCAAUUGCAGAUCUGCUCAUAUCCUACCUACAUCUCUCUCACUAAUACACUUAAUCAACACCUCUCUUUUUCCCUCUCCUUCUCUCUUCCUCUCCUUGUCUCUCUCCCUCUCUCUUUCUCCCCUUCUCUCUCCCUCUCUCUUCUUUCCCUCUCUCUUUCUAACAUAUGGACAACAGCAAAUUUGAAACAAAAAUAGUCCACAGCAAUUUCAGUGGUCCUCAGUUUUGGCCCCAAGAAUUGAAGAAGUUUAUGCCGAGAUGAACAAUUGGCUAAGGAGAGAAGCCACAGGAUGUUUCCAGCCAGAUUAUUACUUCAUAUGUUGCUCGUAAGCAAUGUCUAAAUAUCUUCGUUAUCUUUUCUCUCUCUAAUAAACAAUACAGUAAUUUUUUAAUAUUUAUCAAACAUAUUUUACUAAUUAUAACCUCUUUUCAAUUUACAUAAAAUAGGAGUGUGUAUCACAUACACACACAAUUAUUUAUUAUGGACGCUAGCACUGAUAUAAGAGAAAGAGUUAAAGCAUAACGGUGGCAGCCCGAAUCACUACCACCAACUUACCUCAGCAGCUUCAGGGCUGCAAUGUAGCUUACUCUCUGUUAAUUUGACAAUCUAGAACCUCUUUCUUCACAUUAUUUAUAUAUAACUACUUCCAAAUGUGGAACUAAGCACAUUUAUGAAUGCACUAGUCCUGAUUAAACUAUAUUUUAUUCUUACAAAUAAAACACUUAAAUUACCAUUGUACCUUCUGCGAGAGAACAAAAACCUCCAUCAAACAACAGCAUCAGACAAUAGCUUACUGAUUAAAUUGAUCUCAGGUAUUUGCUGAUUGCUGACAUCAAGCCAUAACACUAAUUAAUAAGAUGUAUUGUAACUGAAAUAAUUACGUUACAGGAUUAAUUAGUUUAUAACAGAGAUAGACCCAUUCUUUGUGGAAGAGCGGGACCUACCUCUAAAACCAUCUCACCCUUUCUACAACAAUCACUACAUGAUUUCUGAUUAAAUCACAACUGAAAGUAAACUGGAAGCAAACCUGGCUAGCUGAAACUCCAUUUUAUUGUCUAUAUACACCCUAUAUAGACCCUUUUAAAACAGUGCAAAGGUUGGUGCAAGUACCACCUUGUGGGAAACUUUCCAAUUUAACAUCUGUUCUUGUUUGACUACUUGUAUCAUAUUAGAAGCUAUGUAUAAAUGUAAGCACUGUGUUACACACAUACAUACAUGCACACACACACAGACACAUACAUACACACACACCAGCUGUGUUAGUGUCGCCCCUUGGUGCUACUGGUCUACACUAUCAACCGGAAUAUAAGUCAACUGUGCACUCUUAAUUCAGCCGUCUUCUUUCAUGUUAUCUUUUCUUUUCACUUCAGCAGUUUGUCACUUGUCUUAACUCACUUAGAUUAAUACCUAAUCCAUACGUAUUUGUGAUUAGAUUAACCCUUCUUUAGCUGAUUUGAUGCUCCAUUAACAGAACCUACCCCUCUAGCUAAUUCACAUUAUUUACAGCUGCAAGUUACCCAAUUUCAAAACUUUUUUCUUCAUUCUCUGCAGCAAUAUUUCCAAUGAAUUCUUUGACCUUUUGACAUGCUUUUAUGUUUGUACAAACAUCUCCAGCAGUGUUCUCCUGGAAAUACUACCUUUGCAAUACUGUUGAUAUUCUUACAUUAUUUUCUGCUGACAUUUUAUCUCAGCAGCUUUCCCUCCCACACACACCUCUCUCUCUCUCUCUUUCUCUCUCUCUCUCUCCGUCUUUCUUUCUUUCUUCCUUUCUCUCUUUCUCUCUUCACUUCAUUCCCUUUCACUUGUAUUAUCUUAGAGACCACCUCAGCAAAAACAACAAUAAUAACAAUAGUAAUAGCACCAACAAUGAAAUAUGAAGGAAACUAUUUUGUUCCGAGUUCCGGUUAUUAGUGUAACCUUUAGCAGAGGUCGUUAUCUGUGACACUGACGGUUUGUGCAUUAUAAUGCUGGUUUUCUUAAUAUAACAUUAUUACAUCUG